AAGAGAGUGGAGCACCGUUUUACGAGGAAUGGAAUGGAUUGGAAUAAUGGAAACUGCCAACUGCGACAUACUCGUUACUCGUUCGGCUCGCGUACGAGUACACUCCAGCCAAGUUAACUAGUGUACCUAUAAUACCUAUAGCUAUUCACUUAUUCAGCAUUCAGCAUCCACCGAUCGUUUAUCACAUCUUGUUUUCGCUUCUUCGGGUUGAUUUUUGACCGAAUUGUAAAUUUUGCCGGGCUGUAGCCUAAGGCGAAUGCGAAUUUGUUUCUUACGCGAUCAGAGUGUCGCGACGUGACACAGCCUAUACGUCGAUUCGCGUUACGAGUAACGUAACGUUACGUUUCGUUUGGCUAUUUGGCUACUUCGUUCGAUAGGUACUACCUGUCCUGUAGUAAUACGUAAUACGUGAGUGAAUUUCACUCGAUUCGACUCGAUCGCGCGGUGUGUUUUGUUGUUGUUGUUGUUGUGCUGGUGUAUUUGCUGCGGUUCGGUAAUCGUUACCCACCUACACCUAUAUAUAGACCUACCUAUUCGGUGACAACAGAAAGCAGCUAAGCAGGUACCCAUACACUAGGAAGCGUACCGUACACGAUGAGUAUGAAAUUAGAUAAACAUCAGGAAGUGGAAAGCGCCGUCGCCGGAGAUUCCAUAUCGUCGGUUGGUGUUCCAGUAAACGUAAAAGAUUACACGCCGUCGGAAGUUUUCACCCACGAGCCGCCGCCAGCGUACAAGAAACCAAAAGCUACGGCUGUGCAAAUCGCCAGAAUAGCAGCCUUCACAGUUAUUUCGUGUUCACUCAUCUUGGGCUUAUGCAUAAUUACUUCCUCGUGGAUCGAAGCUACCGCUUCGUGUUCGCAACUCAUACACGCCGAAGCUCUUCUGAAUCAUCAGCAACAGAAUGAAGACGUCGGCGAUCGACCUUCGUACCAGGCCUUGGUAGAUCCGUUGCAGUCGGAUGAGAGUUCUGAAUCGAAGCAAGAAAGCAUAGCGGCAACAGCGUCGCCUCCGCCGCCGCCGCAACAACCAAUGCACAGCUUUUCCCAUCACGAUCAUGGGAAUCGUAAUCCAUCUCAGUCGCAAAGUGCGCCCAUACAAAUAAAGUUACCAUUACAGUUGGAUUUCGACGAACUCGCCGGCACGCUGAUGGAAAAAAAUCAAAGAUCUAGAAUGAAUUGUGUAGUAGAGAAAAAGAGUGCCGAAGAAGUUACAGAUCAUCAACCAAAAACAGUUCGUCUUCCUUUCGGCGUAAACAUCACCACCGAUCCUAGAUACGAACACGUUACCGGUGAACGAAUGGCCAUUUAUUGCGAAAGCGGUCACGACCAAAGACACCUGCCAAUGGAACAGAUGCAACCCCAGCCGCAACAUCAAGCACCCAUGAUCGUCCCGAUGCCGAUGCCGAUGCAAAUGCAGAUGUCCCAAAUGCCGAUGAAUUUACCACUGAUGAUGCCCCAUCCUUCGCAUUCCAUGCCCAUGCCCCACGGCCACCCUCACCCCCACCCUCAUCACAACCACAUGCCACCUAUCUCCAUGGCACCAUCCCAAGAAGACAGCUCAUCGCUCCAAAAGGAAGAAAGCGAAGGCCCCAUCACCAUUAUCGCCAGAGAAGAACACGUCAUCCCAGUCUUCCAACCAGUAGUAUCGGACGUACGCCCAAUACCAGGCGGUAAUUUGGUCGUCGAAGGCAGAGGAAUGCCGGAAAAGAUUCUCUACCAGUCAGCCUCAGCCGGAGGUCCGGAAGGUCGUGGAAUGCCCGAGGGCAGAAUGAUGCAUACUUUUGCAAUCAGCGAAAACAGACAACCACCUUUGGCUAUUUUUGAAACACGUCCUUCAGGAUCGCCGCAUAACGGCGUCGGCAGCAAUGACGCAGCCGCUAUGCCAGCCAUUCCUUCGGAAAUCGUGAGGCCACCACCGCCUCCAGCUUUCCAUAAAAUACCCAUUCACGUACCUACUGUUCUGCAGCAGAUUGAAAACCAACAACAGCAAACGUUGAAUGAGAAUAUCCUGGAGGAAGAAGCCGAAACUGAUCCUCGACCUCAUUAUGUUCAACCCAGAUCAGUUCGCAGCGUGGAUUCGCAAAUGAAUCAACAAAGUAUAAAGAGAACUCGCAGAUACGCCUGUUCUUGCACAUGUUGAAAUUGAAAAUACAUGGUAUAGUACGUAACGAAAGAUUAUGCUAAGUAAGCAAAACAAUCAGCAAUCAUCGAGCUGCGAACGUACGUCAUUUUUCAAGAAAUAUAUCAUCGCCAACGAACACCUAACUAUAAUUUAUAGGUAAACGUUAUGGGAUCCAAUCUUAUUUUUCGUGUUGAAAAAAUAAAUACAGUAAAUAAGUUAAUUAAAGUCUCAUCGAAUGCGCAUACACGACAAACGUCAUCCAAUUCAAGUAUUCGACGUUACCAUUUUUUUUUCGCGCGAAAAUUUUAAAAACAUAGAGACUACCUAAUAUUUACGUAGGUGAAAUACCAUCAUCAUCUAUCAUUUAUAUGUAGUACAUAGGUUGAUAGUUAUUCCCUUUUUAUUUGUUUUGUACAGAAAUUAUGAGUUAUGAAAAUAAAAAAUUUUUUAGUACUUAAUAA